AUGUCAAAGAUGAGACUUGAUGAUCAGCUUCUUGUUUUUACCAUAUUUCCCUUUCUCUUCUUCGUAUCUUCUGCAUCACCAGGCCUGCUAUUCUAUGGAGCCUUUUACCAAUGCAUAGCUUUCCAUUCUCCAUUUCUUACUCAGGUUCACGACUUGUUGCACAGUGCACAUUCUCCUGAAUAUUUACCUAUUCUCCAAUCAUCUAUCCAAAACCUAAGGUUCAAUUCCUCCGUUGGGCAAAGACCUCGGUACAUCAUUACACCGCGCAGUGCUGAUCAUGUCCGAGCUGCAGUUCUUUGCAGCAAAUAUCAUGGCCUACGGGUCAGGAUACGGAGCGGCGGCCAUGACUAUGAGGGGCUUUCUUAUAAAGCAAAUACGCCAUUUGUUCUCAUUGAUCUUUUCCAUCUUCGAAAAGUGACAGUCGACCUGAAAACUAAAACUGCUUGGGUUGGAGCUGGUGCUACACUAGGUGAACUCUAUUAUCAGAUUGCCAACCGCAGCCAAACUUUAGGAUUCCCAGCUGGGAUUUGCUCUAGCAUUGGAGUUGGCGGCCAUUUAAGUGGAGGGGGACAAGGUACCCUGAUGAGGAAAUUUGGUCUUGCAGCCGAUAAUAUAGUUGACGCCAUCCUGGUUAACGCGAAUGGUAACAUUCUCGACAGAAGGGCGAUGGGUGAGGACCUGUUUUGGGCCAUCAGAGGAGGUGGUGCUGCAAGUUUUGGAGUCAUUGUGGAAUGGAAGGUCAAGCUGGUUCCUGUCCCUCCUAAAGUUACUGCUUUCAACGUCCCCAUAACCCUGCAGCAAGGAGCAACUUCGCUGAUUCAUACGUGGCAACAGAUUGCAACCAGGUUACCUGAAGAUCUGUUUAUAAGGAUUCUCUUAACAGUGGGGAAGGAAUCUGAUGGUAGAACAACAGUCCGAGCUAUCUUCAAUUCUUUGUAUCUCGGACCACUUCAUCAACUGUUUCCUUUGAUUGAGGAGAAAUUUCCUGAGUUGGGUCUAGCCUUGCAAGAAAAGCACUGCAAGGAGCUAAGUUGGAUAGAAUCCGUUCUAUUCUUGGAUAGGGGGUUCGCAAAAGGCAAAAACGUCGAUGUCCUGAUGGACAGGAAGAACAAUCUUCAGAGCUUUUUCAUAGCUAAAUCAGAUUUUGUGAACAAACCAAUUACAAAACGUGGGCUUAAAGCAAUAUGGAACGUGAUGCAAGAAGGCGAAGCCGGCAUAAUGAUUUGGGAUCCUUACGGUGGGAAAAUGGACGAAAUACCACAGGAUGCAACCCCAUUCCCUCAUAGAGCAGGAACCUUGUACAAUAUACAAUACUUCACCAACUGGAAAGAGGGAGGACCUGAUGUGGAGACGAAACGCACAGACUGGAUCAACAAGCUUUAUAAUUUCAUGGAACCUUAUGUUUCCCAGAACCCAAGAGCUGCAUAUCUCAACUACAGAGAUCUCAGCCUAGGAAUCAAUAACAAAUAUGGGAAUCCAAGCUACUUGAGGUCAAAAGUCUGGGGAGAAAAGUACUUCAAGAACAACUUUGAGCGAUUAGCACGUAUCAAACAUGCUGUCGAUCCUGGAAACUUCUUCCAGAAUGAACAAAGCAUUCCUCCUUAUUCGGGUUUUUAA